AUGAUCCAAAUCAGUCCUCAAAUCGGAGAUCCCACAGGAAAUGUUGAAAACCUACUCUAGACCCUAGACUCAAAAAACCGUCGCGAAACUUUCAAAGAGCGACAGUUGGGAGGCGCAAAAAGUUCAUUCAAACAACGGAGGGGUGGGAACGGCGGCGGCGGCGAGACAGACCCCAGUCAGACUACAAAAAAAACGUUUCGAAAAGGGCGCGAGCGAAGGUCGUUGAGGUCGGCGACGCGAGACUGUGCUCGCCGGCGAGACGCAGAGCCGCGACGCGUCGCGUACUGCAACGCGGCAACGGCGACCGUGUCGUCGCCGCGAGCCCAUCGAUCGCCUUUUCUCUGGCACCCUCCGACCUGCGACGACUCUCGUCGUUUGACGUCAGAGGAGAGGAGGAGCUGCGGCAUGGAGAAGCUCAACUUUUUUGCGUCUUUGGUUUUUUGACCUCUCCGAACAUUUUGGUCUUGUUGAGGAUGUCACGUAGGGAGAUGGUUUUCCAGUGAUAGCUUCUGGAUUUCAGAUCAGACUGGGUUGAACUCAAAAAUUGAGAAGUUGGGACAACACAGGGACAUGAUUAACUAUCAGCAAUAGCUUGUAGAUUCAAGAUUAUACUGCCUUGAAAUUGAAGAUAAGGACAAGAAGGAGAAAUAUUCAGAAAGAAAAAGACUUUUUAUCUCUUUGACCUCAGAGAACUUUUUGGUCUUGACAAGAAUGUCCCGUCCGAUAGGCUAUCAGUAAUAGCUUCCGAGUUGCAGAUUAGACUGGCCCAAACUAGGAAAAAAGAGAAAAAAAAUACCCGUGAAUUUUUAACUCUCUCACCCGUGUGGAUCUUUUUUUCUGAACUGAGGAUUGUACUGAAUUCUUUCGAAAAUUGAAAUUGAACAGUUUUUUUUUCGAUUUUCUGAUGUUUUGAUCUCAGAAUCAGUUAGAUCUUCAAAAAGUCCUUUCAAAUACUUCUCUUGAAAAGGGAAAAUGAUUCUGACUUUCUUUUUAAAUUCUUUUUUUGAAGUGAUAGUUCAUUCACCGCAAGCAGAUCUCAAAAAGGUCCGGCUUACUGUAGAGGCUCACACUUUUAUUAUCAACAACUUUCUAGGCUCCCAGCAGCACAGAAAAAAAACUUUUCAUCUGAAAACAGGUCAAAAUAAUCUUUUUCGCUUCGAUGUAUCUUUUAAAAUCAGCCUAUGCUGAUUUAAAAACUCAAGAAAGUUUGAAAAACAAUAUAUCCGAUUUUUUUUUGAGUUAAAAUUUUACAAAUUGUAUGAAUACAACAGCGCUGAAUGAACUAAAAAAAUUUUUUUACAGCAGAAAAAAAUUGAAAAAAAUUCUUCAAGCUCAAAACUCUGACCUUGAAUAUCCUCCCAAAAAUCGUUCAUUCAUAAUAAAUACUUGAUAAUCACUAAUCAGUCUGUACCUUUGACCAAAAACUUCUGAAAAAAGGAAAGCCGAACAGGGUCGGGUGCACUUUUUGAGGGGGGAGGCCGUCGGUCGCAGCUGAGCGACACUCGCUUGAGUUCUGACGUCAGUCGUCCGGACAGACUGGCGCCGAAAAAGCCCUCGGUUCUCGACGGUACGAUUGGGAGAAAAGCCUUUCUGUGAAGAGCCGCGAUUUUUCCUUUUUUGGAACUUCUUAUCCGAAAUUUUUGCAGAUGUCUUUUGAGAUGAAGAAAUUCGGUUUGUAGAUCAAUUUUUUUAUAGAUCAUCUUUUUUUCUUUUAAAAAUCUCAUACUUUUCGAAAAAUUCAAAAAAGAUUAAGUUUCUAGUAAUAAUUAUUUAUAAUGGAGAAGAUUUUCAAAGUCAGAAUGAUAAAUACAAAAAUGAGAAUUUCCUUUUUUUUUUGGUUCUAUGACUUCAAAAUCAGCUUAAAUAUGGUCGAUUCUUCGAAAUUUCCUGAAAAGCGCAGAUAUCUAUUUUACGUUUUUGGAAAAAAGCCUAUUUUAGAGUCCUCAAAAAGAAAAACGGUGUAGUUUACCCACCACGCUAUCGAUGACUAAAAAUAAACAAGGCCAGCUGUCUGAGUCAGUCAGGGGGGAACUCUUAGAAAAGCCGUUCAAAACACAAAAACAAGGCAACGCCGUAAAGUAUAGUAGAUAAGGAUGGCGGACCAAGUGGCUCUCAAUCAGUCUUAUCUUUUCCGUCGGAAUGAACGGCGGGGCUGAUAAGAACUCGAGACAUCCGAAACAUGUGUGCCGCACAUGGCAGCAGCCUAUAAAUAGGUGAGGAAUAACCUAAAAAUAAGUUAAAAAUAGCCUUUAAAGGGAAUAUAAACUUAAAUAGGUAAAGACUAACUUGAAACUAGGUAAGAAAAAAACGAAAAAAAUGAAUAUAUAACACCCUAAAAAUAGAUCCGAAUUACCUAAUAAUAGAUUAACUUAACCAAAAAAGGUCAAAAAUAAUCUUGAAAUGGGUAAAAUGACGUUAAAAUUCCUUUCACACAAAUGGUUGCUUAUCAAAUUCACAAAAAAAUUAGUGAAAAUUGAAAAAAAAAAAAUCGAAAAACCAAACUCAAAAAAUAAUGAAAGUAAGGUUACUUAAGGUUAAGCAAAAAGUCCGCAAUUUUCAAAAUUUGGAUUGCGGUAGUAGGAGUGAUGUUCAAAAAUCAACGAAAUUUAAUUUAAUUUUUUUGAAAAAUAAUCUAUAGAAUUUUUUUGAAGGUGAUGCUAGAUCACAUAACUAAUGUCAAAAAAAAAGAGACCUGCAAAAAAAUUCAAACAAUUGGCUCAAAUAUACAAAAAAGCGUCAUUAGACAAUCAGAGAUGUGUCCUAAAAACAACAUAGUGAAAAUCAACGAAAAUCAACGACUCAGAGAAAGAUAAGAUGCUCUCGAGAUACAGUAAAUCCUCCUCAUAUGAAGUUGCUGAAUUUCCAAGGCGCAGAGAAAAAAAAUAGGUACCUUUCAAAGUACCACCUACAGCAAAAACGUGGGACAGAUCCGAACUCACGAGGUUGAUUCUCGAUCGGACCACCCUCACCGGCGCCGAUUACACUACCAAGCAGCCCAUAAAACAUCAGAAAAUAGCUAAGAAACACGUGAUUGAAACCGACUGGGCGUCGGCAGGUUACGUUGGAGCGCAACAGCUGUCUCCGUCCGUCGAAAUAUGA